AACAGGACUGCAGCCACCAUUUGAUCAGACUGCUACCACCACCCUGACCAAGAGGGUGUCAGGUUAUAUCCUGACUCUGCCAGUUUCAGGCAGUGUUUCUGUAUCAUUGCCUUGAUCUUAAUUCUCUUUUUAACUUGUAAUUCUGCAUUAGACUUUCCCCCAGAUUCACCUUCCAUGGCGCAGGAAUCCAACAGGGAAGAAAAGCCCCAGAGAUCCCACAGGAGGAGGGGCUGCAAAGCCAGCCCAGGGUGCUCUGAGGAGGAAAGACCCAGCCUGUGCCAGGAAGGUGGACAGAGCUUCAGCCAGAGCUCUGAGCUGGUGGUCUGUGAGCAGCUUCAUGAUGGGAAGAAGCCCUACAAGUGCUUGGAGUGUGGGAAGAGCUUCAGGCAGAGCAGCACCCUGAUCCGCCACCAGAUGAUCCACACCGGGGAAUGGCCCUAUGAGUGUGGGGAAUGUGGGAAGGGCUUCAGCUGCAGCUCAGAACUUGUCAUCCACCAACGCAUCCACACUGGGGAGAGGCCCUACAAGUGUUCUGAGUGUCAGAAGAGGUUUCACACCAGCUCCAAUUUCCUCCGGCACCAGCAGAUUCACACCGAGGAGAGGCCCUUCCGCUGCCCUGACUGCAUGAAGGGCUUCAAGCGCAAAUCCCACCUCGUCAUCCACCGGCGCAUCCACACUGGGGAGAGGCCCUACAAGUGCCCCACAUGUGGGAAGAGGUUUCAGACCAGUUCAAAUCUCCACCUGCAUGAGCGGAUUCACACUGAGGAAAGGCCCUUCCACUGCCCCGACUGCGGGAAAGGCUUCAAGCAAAACUUCAAUCUCGUCAGGCACCGGCACAUCCACACUGGGGAGAGGCCCUACGAGUGCCCCACAUGCGGCCGGAGAUGGAGCCAGAGCUCGGAGGUGGUGCCCCAUGAGCAGCUCCAUGCUGGGGAGAAGCCCCACACGUGCGUGGAGUGUGGGAAGAGCUUCAGGUGGAACUCUGAGCUGAUCAAGCACCAGAGGACCCACACUGGGGAGAGACCCUACGAGUGUGAUCAGUGCAGGAAGAGGUUUAAGACCAGCUCUGAUCUCCUGGUGCACCAGCGCACGCACACAGAGGAGAGGCCCUUCCGCUGCCCCGACUGCGGGCAGGGCUUCAGGCACAACGCCCAUCUUGUCGUGCACCGGCGCAUCCACACUGGGGAGAGGCCCCAUGUGUGUGGGGAAUGUGGGAAGAGCUUCAGGCACAGCUCCCACCUGAUCCUGCACCAGAGGACCCACACUGGGAAACGGCCCCACGAGUGUAGGGAGUGUGGGAAGAGCUUCAGGCAGCGUUCUACCCUGAUCAGGCACCAGACGACCCACACUGGGCAGAGGCCCUAUGAGUGUGAUCAGUGCAGGAAGAGGUUUCGGAUCAGCUCCAGUCUCCUCCGGCACUAUCAGAGUCACACAGAGCAGAGGCCCUUCCGCUGCCCCGACUGCGGGAAGGGAUUCAGGCAGAACUCCACCCUCAUCACCCACCGGCGCAUCCACACCGGGGAGAGGCCCUACGAGUGUCCCCAGUGUGGGAAGAGCUUCUCACAGCGCUCCCACUUGACCCGACACCAACGGAGGCACCGGUAA